AUGUCUAUCGAUGACACAACAAUAUUUUCACUUGAUAAUCAAUUAUCAACAUCAUUUAAUCAAAUAGCUGAUGCUGAAGUUGAAAAUUUCUUUGGUUGUUAUUUACUAAAUAGUUUGAAUCCAAAAUGCAAAGGUCGAACUUAUAUUGGUUUUACUGUUGAUCCUCAUCGACGAAUAAAACAACAUAAUAAAGGUAAAGACUUUGGUGGAGCAAAAAGAACAAGUGGAAGAGGACCAUGGGAAAUGGUUUUAAUUGUGCAUGGUUUUCCAAAUGAAAUAACAGCAUUACGUUUUGAAUGGGCAUGGCAAAAUCCUGAACAAUCUAUACGUCUUAAACAUUUAAAUUUAUCAAAAACAAAAAAAUUCAGUUUAAAAUUUAAAUUAAAAAUUCUUGCUGAAAUGCUUUCUAUUGGUCCAUGGACACGUUUACCACUUACAGUUCGAUGGUUAACUGAUAAAAAACAAACAUUAGAACGAAUACCACCAUUACAUAUGCCUAUAACAAGUGGACCAAUUAAUGUUUCAAAACAUACAAAUACAAUACCAUCAAAACGAAAGAGAAUUAAUAAUCAAAUUUUAUCUACAAAUGAUGAUCUUACAUCUCUUACGUCUUGUUCUUUAUGUCAUAAUAUCAUAGAACCAAGGAUGCAUGUAUCUUGUCCAAAAUGUUCUAUAUCUUUUCAUAUAAUAUGUUUAUCAAAAUAUUUUCUUAAUAAUAUUGAACAACAUUAUAUUAUUCCAAUAGAUGGUUCAUGUCCAUCUUGUAAAAAAUGUUUAUUAUGGGGUGAAAUUAUACAAAAUAAAUAUACCAAUCGAUCAUUAUCAUUACCAACAAUCACAUAUUCUAAUGAAUCUAAUGAUGAAGAUGUUAUGCUCUAA